AUGUCGCUAAAAACCAGCAAAGUACCUCAGAAAUGGAAAUCCGCUAAUUUAUUACCACUCCCUAAAGAAUCACCAUUAAAUUCGUGCAACCAGUUAAGACCAAUCUCUCUGACGGACAUCAUCAUGAGACUAUUCGAGAAGUGCUUGCAUAAAUCUGAAAUCGCACCUAUCACAAGAAAUAACAUUGGUCCUGACCAAUUUGCUUAUAAAAAGGGUCACAACUCGACUAUGGCCCUGAUUAAAUCCCAACAUCAAUGGCUAGAGUGGCCGGAUAAAAACGCUGAUUAUGUUAGAGUGCUGUCCUUCGAUUUCAGCAAAGCACUAAUUGACAGUGUGCCCCACGAACUUUUGUUUGAAAAAGAUAAAAAGCUACCCAUUAAUACGUAUGUGGUGAACUGGAUAAUUAGCUUUCUAGAAAAUAGAAUACAAAGAGUAAUGGUUGAUGGAAUUGUUACAGUCUGAAUAUUUAUAUAUUAAUCGUGGUGUUCCUCAAAGAACCGUUUUAGGCCCUGUUCUUUUCUCAAUAAUGGUCGAUGAUAUUAAAACUGCUAAUCCUAGUAAUGCGUUAGUCAAAUUUGCUGACGAUUUGACGUUAGGAGUGCCUGGCAACGAAAGUGGUGACACAUCUCGAUCUGAAGCUGCCUGUUUACAGGAUUGGGCGGAAAAGAAUAGAAUGCCCUUAAACUUGGAAAAAACGUACGAAAUGGUUGUUCGCAGACACGCCUCAGUAGUUUUUCCUGAGCUUAUCCCUUCAAUUAAGCGAAAAACAUGA